AUGGUUUCUUCUACCACUCAGGGCCUCCACGGCGAUGAUGUAGACUUCGAAAGCACAUGGACCACCCUUGCCUCGUCCUUCAAAGAAAUUCACACCAAGAACGCGUCGAAACUAUCCUACGAAGAACUCUACCGCCACGCCUACCGCAUAGUCCUGAAGAAGAAGGGCGAGGUCCUCUACGGCCGCGUGCGAGAUUUCGAAAAAGAGUGGCUCAGUCAGACGGUUGCCGCAAGCAUACAAGGCCUGGUGACCGGCUCUCUGCGAUCCGGCGCGCAUGGCUCAGCCGCAGUGACGACCGCGAACGAGCGCAGGGAGGCCGGUUGGAGAUUCCUCAAAGGCCUCAAGGAAGCAUGGCAGGAUCACCAGCUCUGCAUGAGCAUGUUGGCGGACGUGCUGAUGUACAUGGACCGCGUUUACUGCACUGAUCAUCGGCGACCUUCAAUAUUUAUUACAGCCAUGAACCUCUUCCGCGACUGCAUCCUCCUUUCCAAAUCCUCCUCUGAAGCCGACAGCCUGACAAUACUGGCAAUUCUGAACGGCAUCAUAUUAGAUCAAAUACAGAUGGAGCGCGACGGCGACAUUAUAGACAAGCAUCUGAUCAAGUCUUGUGUAUACAUGCUGGAAGGACUGUACGAGGCGGAUCAAGAGGUUGAAGAGCAGCGACUCUACGUCACCUCAUUCGAGACGGAUUUCCUCAACGCCAGCCGAGAGUUCUAUAGGAAGGAGGGAGAGUUUCUCCUCCGAGAGAGCGACGCUGGUGCCUACUGCCGCCACACGCAGAGGCGGAUCACCGAAGAGCAGGAUCGAUGCCGCUCGACGCUCUCGGAAACCACAACUCCAAAGAUUGAACAGGUCGUGGAAGAUGAGCUCGUCCGUAACAAGCUGCGCGAGCUGAUCGAGAUGGAAAGCGGAGUCAGGCACAUGAUUGACAAUGACCGCUCGGCCGACCUCCGGCUGAUGUACAUCCUCAACUCAAAGGUCGAUCCGCUGAAGAAGGAACUCACAUCGGCGAUACAACAGCGGAUCAAGGAAAUGGGAGCAGAGAUCAACGCGGCAGCAAUUGCAGCUUCCCAAGCACAGCCCGCACCAGCUGCGGAUGCGGAAGGUGACAAGCCAAAAGCGCCAGGCGACCGUGCUCUCAGCCAGCAGACCGUGGCAGCAUUAAAGUGGGUCGAAGAUGUGUUAAAUCUCAAGGACAAGUACGACAGUUUCUGGAAAUUCUCUUUCGACUCAGAUCAGGGGAUGCAAAAGGCGAUAUCAUCCAGCUUCACCGACUUUAUCAACUCGGCCACGUUUACCCGCAGUUCAGAGUACAUCUCUCUCUUCAUCGACGAGAACAUGAAGAAAGGUAUCAAGGGCAAAACAGAAACGGAGGUCGACCAGGUCCUCGAAAAAGCCAUCAUACUCCUGCAAUACGUCCAAGACAAGGACAUGUUUGAGCGGUACUACAAGAAGCAUCUCUGCCGGCGUCUACUCAUGAAUAAGUCCCUAAGCAACGACGUAGAGAAGCAGAUGAUCUCUCGGAUGAAGGUCGAGCAAGGCAACAACUUUACGCUGAAGCUCGAAGCCAUGUUCAAGGACAUGACGAUCUCGGAAGAGCUGACAACAGGCUUUAAGGGGCAUGUGGCCAAGCUGGGCGAUGCGGAUGCGGCGCGUGCCGAGCUGGCCAUCAAUGUGCUUACGAGCAUGACCUGGCCGCUCGAAACGAUGGGCAGCUCUGGCGAUAAUGAAGAGAGCAGAAAGAUGCGAUGUAUCUUCCCGCCAGCAAUCGAGCGGAUCAAGAAGAGUUUUGAGAAGUACUACUCCGAUAAGCACUCUGGCCGCCAGCUCACCUGGCUCGCGAACAUGGGGUCUGCGGACCUCCGGGCCACCUUCCCAAAAGUGCAGACGAAGGAAGGUAUUAAAGAGCGCAAGCACGAACUUAAUGUCUCGACAUAUGCCAUGGUUAUUCUCCUCCUGUUCAACGACAUACCUGCCAGCCAGUCCAUUACGUUCGAAGAGAUCCAAGCGAAGACGAACAUCCCGACUAGCGAUCUGGUCCGCAACCUGCAAUCACUGGCCGUCGCGCCCAAGACGCGCAUCCUGAUCAAGGAACCCAUGUCCAAGGACGUGAAGCCAACGGACAGGUUCUCCUUCAACGAGGGCUUCUCGGGCAAGUUCCACAAGAUCAAGGUCGGAGUCGUCACGGCUGGGAACAAGGUCGAGACGGACAAGGAGAGGCAGAGUACCGAGGAGAAGAACAACGAGUCGAGAGGGUUCUGUAUCGAUGCCGCCGUUGUGAGGAUCAUGAAGCAACGCAAAGAACUUACCCAUCAGCAACUGGUGACGGAGACACUGAGCCAGCUAGCCACUCAGUUCAAGCCCGACAUCAACAUGAUCAAGAAGAAGAUCGAAAGCCUCAUCGAGCGCGAAUACCUCGAGCGUAUCGAUGAGGCCAAGGUGCCGUCUUACCGCUAUCUGGCGUAG